AUGAGGAAGGAUGCAGUCUUUGAUUGGGACCAGUCAUGCCAAAAUUCAUUUGAUAGCAUAAAGAAGUAUCUGCUCAACCCUCCGGUCUUAAGUGCGCCUGCAACUAGAAUACCAUUAAUAUUAUAUAUUGCGGCUCAAGAGACCUCGCUCGGGGUAUUACUUGCACAAGAAAAUGAUAAGGGUAAGGAAUCUGCACUCUACUAUCUAAGUAGAACUCUGACAGGAGAUGAAUUAAAUUAUUCUCCAAUUGAGAAAAUGUGUCUCGCCCUCUUCUUUGCAAUAGAUAAACUGAGACAUUAUAUACAAGCCUUCACUAUACACUUGGUGGCAAAAGCUGAUCCUAUCAAAUAUAUCUUAUCAAGGCUAGUCAUCUCGAGACGGCUCGCGAAGUGGGCUAUUAUACUCCAACAAUAUGAUAUUGUAUAUAUCCCCCAAAAAGCAGUGAAGGGCCAAGCAUUGGCAGAUUUCCUGGUUGAUCAUCCAGUUCCAUCAAAUUGGAAAUUAUGUGACGACUUACUUGAUGAGGAAGUAUUAUUUGUUGAAAGCAUGGAGCCUUGGAUCAUGUUCUUUGAUGGUGCGGCACGAAGAAGUGAAGCUAGUGUUGGCAUUGUCUUCAUUUCUCCUGAGAAACAUAUGUUGCCAUAUAGCUUCACACUCGGUGAAUUAUGUUCAAAUAAUGUUGUCGAGUACCAAGCCUUUAUUAUCGACCUUCAAAUGGCUUCAGAAUUUGGAAUAAAGUGCAUAGAAAUAUUCGGCGAUUCGAAGUUAAUCAUAAAUCAGCUCUCUUAUCAGUACGAGGUAAAGCAUCAAGACUUGAAGCCUUACUUUAGUUAUGCUAGAAGAUUGAUGGACAGAUUUGACAGCAUAAUAUUGAAGCAUAUACCGAGAUCAGAAAAUAAGAAAGCUGAUGCACUUGCAAAUUUGGCCACUGCUUUAACAGCCUCAGAAGAUAUACCAAUAAACAUUUCCCUUUGCCAAAAAUGGAUUGUGCCUUCAAUUGAAAGUCAAUACGAAGAAGCUGAUGUGAUAUCUGUGUAUACAAUUGAUGAAGAAGAUUGGCGCCAACCCAUUAUAGACUAUUUGGAGCAUGGAAAACUUCCCACCGAUCCUCGACAUAGAGCUGAAAUACGUAGAAGAGCUGCGAGAUUUAUUUAUUAUAAAGACACACUUUACAGACGCUCAUAUGAGGGACUUCUACUGCGAUGCCUAGGAAAAGAAGAAUCGACAAAGGCCUUAGAGGAAGCUCAUUCAGCCACCAGAGCCGCCCAUCCGACAAUAGCUUCAUGGCCUUUUGAAGCUUGGGGACUCGACCUGGUUGGACCUAUCACGCCUAAAUCAUCGGCUGGUCAUCCUUACAUCCUUGUAGGAACUGAUUAUUUUUCUAAAUGGGCUGAAGUCGUGCCAUUAAGAGAAGCAAAGAAGGAAAACAUUGUAAAUUUCGUUCAGACACACAUCAUUUACAGAUAUGGUAUUCCUCAUCGUAUCGUAACUGAUAAUGGAAGACAAUUCGCUAACACUUUGAUGGACAAGCUAUGUGAAAAAUUUAACUUCAAACAGUACAAGACUUCUAUGUACAAUGCUGCAGCAAAUGGAUUGGCAGAAGCAUUCAACAAAACUUUGUGCAGUCUGCUUAAAAAGGUGGUCUCCAAGACAAAAGAGAUUGGCAAGAAAAGAUUUGGGAAGCAUUGUGGGCCUACAGAACUACCCAUCGUACUCCUACGGGUGUUACACUUUAUUCCUUAG